AAGUGACAAACCACAAAAGAAAAGCAAGAAAACAAAACGCUUUUUUUUGUAGCAAAAUGGCUAUCAAUAGAAUUGCGAUUGGAACGCCAGGAGAAGCUAGCGGUCGAGAUGCGAUCAGAGCGGCUUUUGCUGAGUUUUUCUCCAUGGUUAUAUUCGUUUUCGCCGGUCAAGGCUCAGGCAUGGCUUACGGAAAGCUAACCGGAGACGGUCCAGCCACACCUUCUGGUCUAGUGGCCGCGUCUUUGUCUCAUGCGUUUGCAUUGUUCGUGGCGGUUUCCGUUGGAGCAAACGUUUCAGGCGGCCACGUGAAUCCCGCGGUUACGUUUGGAGCUUUUAUAGGUGGGAACAUCACGUUGUUGAGAGCUAUUCUUUAUUGGAUCGCUCAGUUACUCGGAGCAGUAGUAGCUUGCUUGUUGCUCAAGGUAAGUACUGGAGGGAUGGAAACGGCAGCGUUUUCGCUCUCUCAUGGAGUCACACCGUGGAACGCAGUCGUUUUCGAGAUUGUGAUGACGUUUGGGUUGGUUUACACUGUUUACGCUACUGCCGUGGAUCCCAAGAAAGGUGAUAUUGGAAUCAUUGCUCCUUUAGCGAUUGGGUUAAUCGUUGGAGCUAAUAUUCUCGUUGGUGGUGCGUUUGAUGGUGCGUCGAUGAACCCGGCCGUUUCGUUCGGUCCUGCCGUGGUUAGCUGGACCUGGACGAACCAUUGGGUCUAUUGGGUCGGUCCAUUUAUUGGUGCAGCCAUUGCAGCUAUUGUUUAUGACACUAUCUUUAUUGAUAGUAAUGGACAUGAACCACUUCCUUCUAGUGAUUUCUAAGUUAGGGUUUUUCUGAUUUCUUCAAAAACAAGAAAGCUGAUGUUGUACUGACUACCGGUAUUGUGAGAGAGGUGUAUGUUUUUAACUCUGAUGCGUGUUUUUUUAUUAUGUUUUUAGCAUGUGGCUAAAGAUGUUACUUUUUACUACUUUGUGUUUCUUUAAGUGAUUAAUAAAUAAAAUAUUGGAAUUCCCAUAUA